CUUCCCGCUCUAACUCUCCCGCUAUAUUUAACCCUCUGACCGUUGUGUCUCCUUCGGCGGGCUGGCAUCUCCCGCUUUGCCAGUCUUGCGCCUCCGCGCCCUCCUCUCCCACCUACGCCCCCUUCCCGUGUCCCGGUCUCGCCAGUUCUCCGUCGUGCUACUCCUCCGCCGGCUCACCCAGGCUCCCGCGUCCCAGAGCCAAGAGGCUACACGCCCAGCCGUCUACGCGGGGAACUGCCCGCGCUGGGAGACAACCUAAGGGCGGCAGGUUGGGUAGGUACGGGAGGAGUUUCAGCUGCGAGAACCACGACCCCGGAGGUCCGGAGUAGCAUGGCCCGGAAAAGCGCCUUCCCUGCCGGCGCGCUCUGGCUCUGGAGCAUCCUCCGGUGCCUGCUGGUGCUGCGAGCGGAGGUCGGGCAGCAGCCCGAGAGCCUGUACCUGUGGAUCGACGCUCACCAGGCGAGAGUGCUCAUAGGACUUGAAGAAGAUAUCUUGAUUGUUUCAGAGGGGAAAAUGGCCCCCUUUACACAUGACUUCAGAAGAGCACAGCAGAGAAUGCCAGCUAUUCCUGUCAAUAUCCAUUCCAUGAAUUUCACCUGGCAAGCUGCAGGGCAG